CCCUUGUUCUUUUUUCUUUCUUUACUCCUAGUACCACAUUUCUUCCCUCCUUUUCUAGUCAAAAUCCACAUUAAAGUCUGGUUGCUUUCCGACAAUUUAUACCCUUAAAAACCCACCACCGUUUUCUAAUGUUUGGUGUAAUUCAAGCAUUUAUUUCUUCCUGAAAUGGUCCUUUGGCUUUUCCUGUGACUUGGCUCCUUCGGGCGGUUGGGAUUUCUGAAUUGGUCUUCAAUUCCAAUUUAAUGAUGUGGUGGUAGCCAGUUAAAGGUCUGAAAUUGGCAUUUUCUUUGUUGGGUUUUUUCCCGAAAGGUGCUACGUUUGAGAGUUUUAGGGCUGAUUAUGGAGAUUAAAGAGGAGGAAGCUAAAUCAAGGAUGGAAGAUUAUGAAGUGAUAGAGCAGAUUGGGAGAGGUGCUUUUGGAGUUGCGUUCCUUGUUCUUCACAAGAUUGAGAAAAAGAAGUAUGUGCUGAAGAAGAUACGCUUGGCAAAACAAACAGAGAAAUUCAGGCGCACUGCGCAUCAAGAGAUGAAUUUAAUAGCAAAGCUAAAUAAUCCAUACAUUGUGGAGUGCAAAGAUGCAUGGGUUGAACAGGGAUGCUGGGUGUGCAUUGUAACAAGUUAUUGUGAAGGAGGAGACAUGGCUGAGAUAAUAAGAAAAGCUAGAGGAGCAUAUUUCCCGGAGGAGAAGCUCUGCAAAUGGCUGACUCAGCUUUUGCUAGCUGUUGACUACCUUCACUCCAACCGCAUCCUUCACAGGGAUGUCAAGUGCUCAAACAUACUCCUUACAAAAGACAACGAAAUCAGACUGGGUGACUUUGGACUUGCAAAGCUGCUAAACACAGAUGACCUAGCUUCUUCGGUGGUGGGCACUCCAAACUACAUGUGUCCAGAGCUUCUAGCAGAUAUACCUUAUGGCUACAAGUCCGACAUAUGGUCCCUAGGUUGUUGCAUGUUUGAAAUGGCUGCACAUCAACCUGCAUAUAGAGCUCCUGAUAUGGCUGCUCUGAUAAGCAAAAUAAACCGGUCCAUCAUUUCUCCACUCCCCACUGUAUAUUCCCCAACACUCAAACGGUUGAUCAAAAGCAUGCUAAGAAAAAAUCCAGAACACAGACCAAAUGCUGCGGAGCUAUUGAGGCAUCCCCAUCUGCAACCCUACGUUGUUCAAUGCUGUAACUUAUCUCCUGUAUUUCUUCCAGUGAGGUCCGAUACCAAUAAGAAGGAUAUAUCCCCAAGAAACUUACAUUUUGAGCAACGUUUGGUACAGAAAGACGAUAAAAUUGGGAAGAGAAUCCUGCAAAAGGAGCCAAACAAUGCUCUGGCAGUUGCUGAUAAUGCGAAUGUAGUGAGACAAAAAGAAACAAGAAAUGCUGUGCCUAUUUCCAAGGGAAUAUCAACAGGUGAGGUUGUGAUAGCAAAGUGCAAUGCUUUCGAGCCAACCGAAAGCUCUAAAUUUGGAAAUGCUUCAAGGACUAUGUUGAAGAUUGAUGAUGGAGAUCAACAAAAUAAGAAGCAGCUCGCCAGAGAGAAUUCCCAACAAGUGCAAAUCAAUGAAGGUGCUAAUCAUGACGAUCCCAAGAAAAUAGCAACAAUUAAGUUUCUUGAGGAUGAAAGAUCAAUCGAAACAGAAAUCUUAAAUCUAAAUUCCGAAAUUGCUUCCUCUGGAAAUAUGUCAUCGACAAGCACAGUGACACUACAAUGUGCACAUGAAGGAGGAGAAAAAACCCAUGAUCUUAGUCCUAACAAGCAUAUAGAAAAAGAAGAUGCUCGGGGAUCGAAUCGCAUAUCCAGUGAGAGUCCAUCAAUCAACAUGAUAUGGGAUGCUCUGAGCCAACAAAGAGCGGAAGCUCUGGAGGCACUGCUCGAGUUCUCUGCAGAAUUGCUCAGGCGCGAAAGGCUGGAGGAACUUGCAGCUGUGCUUAGGCCAUUUGGGAAUGAAACUGUUUCAUCAAGAGAGACCGCGAUUUGGCUAACGAAAAGCCUAAUGAAUAUACAAAAACAGGGUGGGAAAAACUAGCACGUUGUAAUUUUGGCUGCUUUUUUUUCCUUGUUAACUUUAAGUUUGAAACUCUAGGCUUUCUUCAUUGUAACCUGUGUUACAUUUUGUAUGCUAGGGAAACACCACCUUGUUCAGUUGCUAAGUUUGCUAAGAUAUUCUGUUAUUUGAACGUUGGAUUGCUAGACGAAUAAUACUAUGUGCAAAGACAUUUGUACA